AUGGAAGAGAACGAGACUUGUUCAUCUGAUUCAGAGCCUGGAAUUGAUGUAGAUGUAGGUGACAUGACAUCAGAAAUGGGGAAUGUUAAAACUCAAGUGAAGACUCCAGUUAAAACUCGUGCUGAUAUGGAUGUACUUGAUUUGACGGUUGAAGUACGUGAGGUGCAGGCUCUAGACAGGGAUUUAAGACCUGUCUGGAGGGAGUCUGGCAUGCCUUGUCCUGUGGCAUCAUGUGGUACAGACAUGAUCUACACCAAGUACAGGAAUCUGGUGGCGCAUUGGGUGCAGAUUCAUCGUCCCUACAUCAAAAAUAAAAGAAAAGCAAGAGAAAACAAAGAACAUUAUCAGCAAGAGUAUGAAGCACAGAAAGCUGCCCGUCAACAGCCAGAAAAGAAAAUAAGAACUAAACAAAGUAGUUUAAAAAGCAAAAGAAGAGCAAGAGAAAACAAAGCAUUUUGUGAACAAGAGUAUAAAACUCAGAAAGUUGCUCGGCAACAACCAGAAAAGAAAAUAAGAACUAAACAAAGUAGUUUAAAAAGCAAAAGAAGAGCAAGAGAAAACAAAGCAUUUUGUGAACAAGAGUAUAAAACUCAGAAAGUUGCUCGGCAACAACCAGAAAUGAAAACAAGAACUAAACGGAGCACUUCAAAAAGCAUGAGUAAAGUAAGAGAAAACAAAGCAUUUUGUAAACAAGAGUAUAAAACUCAGAAAGUUGCUCGGCAACAACCAGAAAUGAAAACAAGAACUAAACAGAGCACUUCAAAAAGCAUGAGUAAAGCAAGAGAAAACCAAGCAUUUUGUGAACAAGAGUAUAAAACUCAGAAAGUUGCUCGGCAACAACCAGAACUGAAAACGAGAACUAAACGAAGUAGUUUAAAAAGCAAAAGAAGAGCAAGAGAAAACAAAGCAUUUUGUGAACAAGAGUAUAAAACUCAGAAAGUUGUUCGACAACAGCCAGAAAUGAAAAUAAGAACUAAACAAAGUAGUUUAAAAAGCAAAAGAAGAGCAAGAGAAAACAAAGCAUUUUGUGAACAAGAGUAUAAAGCUCAGAAAGUUGUUCGACAACAGCCAGAAAUGAAAAUAAGAACUAAACAAAGUAGUUUAAAAAGCAAAAGAAGAGCAAGAGAAAACAAAGAAUUUGCUGAACAUGAGACUAAAGCUAAGCAAAUAAAAAGAAAAGAUCUUCUACAGUUGGACAGUGAAAGAUUGCACAAACAAGAAAGUCGGAAAAGAUGUCGAAUUAGUGAAAGAAACAUGGACAGACAUGCAAAAGGUAUAAAACGACAAAAACUUGAUUUUUGUGAGCAUGAAGAAGACCUGUCAUUGAAAAGAAACUCUGGGGAUUCUAUUGGACAAUGCAUUGAAAAAUUUCAUGCAAAAGCAGCUGAAGGUCCAGUCUUUGUGUGUACCUGUUGUCAUCAAACAUGGUUUCCAAGGAGUGUUGUAAAGCUUUCUAAUACUAACAUCAGCACUGAGAGCAAAGCUUAUUGUACUGGUUUCAAGUCGCAAAAUAAUGAGGAGUGGUUGUGCCGAACUUGUUUAGCAUCACUUAAGGAAGAAAAAAUUCCAAGACUCUCUCAAAAAAAUGGAAUGAUAUGGCCAACAAAACCAGAUGUUUUGCAGUUGCAUCCUCUUGAAGAAAGGCUGAUUUCUCAGCGAAUACCUUUUAUGCAAAUUAGAGAAUUGCCAAGAGGAGGCCAGCUAUCAGCUAAAGGAAAUGUGGUCAAUGUACCUGUUGAUAUUCAACCAACAGUAAAUGCAUUACCGAGACAGAUCGAUGAGCAUGUAACUGUUGCUGUAAAAUUAAAAAAACGUCUAUCUCAUAAAUCUGCAUGUUUCACUGAAAAUGUAAGACCAAAUGCUGUUAUGAAUGCUCUACAAUGGCUAAUGGAAAACAGUGAAAUGUAUAAGAAUGCAGGAAUCAGUAUCAAUACUUCAUGGAAAGAAGAUGUUCAGAGUGACCAAAGUGAGUUAAUUUCUGAAUACACAGGCAAAACGCAAUCUAAAGAUGAAAGAGAGGUUGAAUCUGAUAAUGACAAAUUUUGUGAAGCUACACCGGAUGAAUGUAUUCAAGGAAAUACAGAUACACUAGUUGAAGAAGCUGACACUGAUACCAACAAAGUUUAUGUAUUUGCACCUGGUGAAAAUAAAAGACCUCUCAGUUUGUAUGAAGAUAAAGAUGCAGAAUAUCUUUGCUUUCCCUCAAUAUUUUGUGGUCAGAAAAGGAAAGAAAACAGUGAACGGCAAAUUCCUGUUCAUUACAGUGACAUUGCAAAAUGGGAAUUAAGAAGUGUUGAUCGAAGGGCUGCUCAUUCUGUUCCUAACAUAUUUUUCAAAUUGAAAAAAAUCCAAGCAAAACAAGUUGGUGACAAAGUCAAUCUUGCACUUCGCCGAUGUAAAUCAGAAGGAAAGAAAUUGACUGCAGGUCAAGCUAGAGAUUCGUCAACCACUAGUUCGAUUGUAAGGUUAAAUGAAGGUUAUUAUAUAUUCAGAACAUUACGUAAUUCGCCGGCAUAUCUGUCCUCUAAAAAGAAAGAUGUCUUUGCAAUGAUAAGACAGCUUGGCUUGCCAACAUGGUUCAUGUCUUUGUCCUCGGCAGAUACAAGAUGGCCAGAUCUUCUCAGAACCUUAGCUCAGUUAGAUGGGAAAACUCUGUCGAAUGAUGAUCUUAAAACAGCUGACUGGAGUUUUAAAACUAAUUUAGUUCAAAAAGACCCUGUCACUUGUGCAAGAUUUUUUGAUAACAGAGUUCAACUUUUUGUCAACUCUUUCCUAAAAAGUUAUCACAACCCGAUUGGUGAUGUCACGGACACAUUCCGUAGAGUAGAAUUCCAGAGUAGAGGUUCACCACACAUACAUAUGCUUCUAUGGACAAACAAUGCUCCAAAAUAUCCAGAUGAUGAUGAACAAGAUAUCAUUGCUUAUGUUGAAAAGUAUGUCACAUGCUCCUUAGAAACAGAUAAUCCUGAACUUGCAGAACUAGUUCAACUACAGGUACAUAAACAUUCUAAAACAUGCAAAAAAGGUAGCAAACCAGUGUGUAGAUUUGGAUUCCCACUCCCUCCUUUACCAAGAACUAUGCUUUUAGAACCACUGGAAACUGAUGUCGCAGAAUACAAAAAAAAAUACACAGAACUACAAAAAAAGAUGAAUGAAUACAAAGAUGGCUGCGAUCUUAGUUUCCAUGCAUUUUUACAAAGCGUUGUUGAAAUGAAUGAAACAGAAUACAUCAAAUGUAUCAGAUCAUCACUGAAGGGUCCUAAAAUAUUUCUCAGGAGAACCCCAGCUGAAAUGAGGGUAAACUAUUACAACCCAGCAGUACUAAAAGCAUGGCAUGCAAACCUAGACAUUCAGUUUGUUUUAGAUCCAUACGCAUGUGCGACAUACAUAGUAUCUUACAUCAGUAAGUCUCAGAGAGGUAUCAGUGCUUUGCUUGAUAAAGCCUCACAAGAAGCAGCUGAAGGAAAUAUGGACCUUAGACGUCAGGUCAGACAUAUUGGCAACAAAUUCUUAAACUUUGUAGAAGUCAGUGCUCAAGAAGCCAGCUAUCUAAUACUCCAAAUGCCAUUAACACAAGCUUCUAGAGAUGUAGUUUUUAUAAACACUUCCCCACCAGAUGAUAGAGUAUUUCUCUUGAAAUGUCAAGAAGAUCUGGAAAGUUUACCUGAGAAUUCCACUGAUAUCAAAGCUGAUAAUAUGAUCACCAGGUAUGCAAAAAGACCAAAGCAACUUGAGAAUUGGUGUUUAGCAGAUGUAGUAUCUGAACUGGAAGUAUCAUUUCCAAAAGACCAAAAAUCAGAGAAAAAUGAUAACCAAAAUGAGGAUGAUGUACAUGAAAAUGAAAACUUUUCGAAUGAAGAUAUUUUGGUACAUUUAAAGAAUGGAAUAAAGAUUCGAAGAAGAAAGAACAAACGAGUUAUACGAUAUGUAGGUUACAGUAAAAAAACCAACUCUGAGCAGUACUAUAGGGAAAGAAUUCUCCUAUUCCUUCCAUGGCGAAAUGAAAAUACUGACAUCAUUAGUAGAUAUACAACAUUUGAGCAACAUUAUAGAAGCAAUGCAAACAUAAUUCAAGCUGUACAAAAGAAAUAUGAGCAUUUUGUUGAGGAACUAGAACAAGCUAGGCUUCAGGCUGAAUGUGAACUUGAUGAUUUUGAUGAAGUGGCUCCAAAUACUGAACAUACUGAAGCAGAGGAUUCAGAACUUGGCCCACAACCUGCUGAACAGUUUGUACACUUUGAUCCAGACACACAACCACAUAAAGAUUAUGAUAUUGGACCAGAUAUUGGAUUGCCAGCAAAAUAUUCUGAUGUACAAACAAGUCCUGUUAGAAUCCCUGAUGAUCAAUAUCACAAACUUCUACAGUCUUUAAAUUGCAAACAAAGAGAAUUUCACAACCAUGUUAGUCACUGGAUCCAACAUAAGGAUGAACCUCUGUAUGCUUUUUUAACUGGAGGGGCAGGAACAGGCAAAUCAGUAGUCAUUGAUACCCUUUAUCAGACUUUGCAUAGAGCUCUUUGUUCAGAAGAAGGAGAAAAUCCUGACGACAUCAGAAUUUUACUUUGUGCCUAUACUGGAAAGGCAGCUUAUAACAUUAAUGGAAUGACAAUAGCAUCAGCUUUUCACAAAAAGAUGUACCAGUCACAGCAAAACAUGUAUGCUGAUGAGCUAAACACAUACAGGACAAAGUACAGAAAUUUAUCUGUAGUCAUUAUAGAUGAAAUAUCAAUGGUUGGAAAUAAGCUCCUAGCAUUUAUCCAUGAAAGACUUCAGCAGCUGACUGGUACAAAACAAGACUUUGGUGGUGUCAGCAUAAUUGCAGUUGGUGAUUUAUAUCAGCUUUCCCCAGUUGGAGAUUCUUGGAUUUUCAAAGAUCUUUCAUGUCCAGGUCAAGGUCUUGCCACAAAUCUUUGGAAGGAACAUUUUAGCAUGUUUGAGCUUACUGAAAUCAUGCGACAAAAGGAUGAUAUUGAGUUUUCAAAACUCCUUAACAGACUCCGACACAAUGAGUUAUCCGAUGAGGACAAACAAACUAUUUUGAGCCGUCAAAUGCAAGCAGGCUCUAUUCAAUAUCCAGUCAAAGCACCACAUCUUUUCAUCGAAAAUAGAUUUGUGGAUGAUUUCAACAAUAAUUUCAUGCAAAACCUUACCACAAACAAAGUAAAUGUCAAAGCUGACACAGAUGUUCUCUCCCAAACAAAACUCUCACUUGAUGUCAAGAAGUCUCUGAUUGAUAAACUUCCAGACAAACAAGCUAAUACUGGACAACUGAAGACCAGUUUGACUAUUGCAGUAGAUAUGAUUUAUGAUAUUUCUGUAAACAUUGAUGUUGCUGAUGGUUUGACAAAUGGCAGUACAUGUAGAGUUAAAUACAUUGAAUACAAACAGUCCACCACUAGACCUGCCAUUGUUUGGGUAUUAUUUUGCAAUAAAAAAAUUGGAGCAAUGAGAAGAAACCAAUACCAACAUUUGUUGAACAUAAACAUAGAUAAAUCCUGGACGCCUAUCUUUGAAACAAAACGUACAUUUAUGUUCAACAGAAAAACAUUUGAAAGGAUACAGUUUCCUCUUACACCAUCUGCUGCAAAAACUGUUCACAAAGCACAAGGUGCUACACUGGACCAAGUUGUAGUCAGUUUGUCACAAACGAAGAAACGCAAAAUACCACAUAUCCACUAUGUAGCUUUAUCUCGGGUUAGAUCACUACAAAAUCUUCACAUCAUUGACUUCAAUGAAGACAGCCUUACAAAAGACAAAGAGGUUGAUGCAGAGAUGCAAAGAAGAACUACGCUGUCCAUAGGAAAUUGA